UCCCCCACUAGAGCCAACCAGGAUGCUGAGCGCAAUGCAGCAGUGGGAGUGUCUACACAGGUUGACCUCGAUGGACGGCACGCGGCGACUCCUUCGGGCUCCGGCCAAGCCAUCCAUCGCCGAGCUAAUUCACGAACGCAGCCGUGGGGCACUGCCUUGUCCACGGUGCUCUCAGAGAGCGAGCGGACCGACCCAUCAACUCGUUCCCACUCCCGGAUGUCUGGCAAUGCUCGCAGUAGCGUCUUCACGCUGAACCAGCUGAGACAGACAGGGAGCUUCUCCACCUUGGGUAUGGAGGAGGCUCUGGCCAUGGUCUCUCAUUCUCGGAACGGAUCCGUGGACCGACCUCAGCCGGUCUAUGGCAGAGACGCGCAGUUUUCCAGUGCCCGCUUGGUCCGUGACCAUGACGAAGAUGGUGAUGGUCUUGCAGACCUGGAGAGCAUGAACCGUCUUCCCUCCCGCGCCCGAGGUCUGAGUUUUCUCUCCAACAAUUCCGGGGAAAAGGGCCACCGUUCUAGCCGUUCAACGAGCAGCUCUGGUGGUAACAGCAUCAGCUACACGGCUGCCAUUCCGGCAUGGGCGAGGGUCUACUACGGUAGUGGGGAACGACGCUGGCUGGCACCAAAGCCAUCCAACGAGUCCAUGUUUUCGCAAUUCACCAGCAGCCUGCACCGCGACGGAUCUCACAGCCGCUCCCCCAGCUAUGAGCAGUACACGACUGACAUCAACAACCCCCGUCGCCGCCCCCACGAACCCAAGCGACGAAGGAGCGAAUCCGACUCAAUGGAAAUCAGGCCACACCCUUUUGCCGCUGUAGCUCGCAGCAUCAAGAAGCAGACAUCCAGCAUCUGGUCGCCGCAUUUGCGACAGGACAGACGGGCCAGCCGAUACAGCCUUUGGUCCCCGCCAUCCCUGGCCGACUCUGCUGAAUUCUCAGCCUGGCAACGAAACCUGCAGCUGGUGCUGUUUGUCUUUGGGUUUCUUUGUCCACUUGUGUGGAUGGUUGGUGCUGUUUUGCCAGUCCCUGCACGGCCUGAGCGAGACAUGACGGAGCGACGAUUCAGCGACGGCAACAUCGAUCUUCGGACCGAGGCACGCACCCAGAUGCAGUACAUCAAUGCGGAGCGUCUCCACGACAGGGUCAAGUGGUGGAGAAGCGUCAACCGGCGCAUGUCCAUCAUCGGAGCCCUCAUCCUCUGCCUAUGCAUCGUGCUCAUUGUCGUCGGCGUCAAGCAGCAAUGGCAU